UACUAAUCCAAAUACAUGCGCUUUUUCAGGGUUUAUGGUUCCUUUAUAAACCCCCACUUUUCCCCACGCAAAAAAGAGCUAUUAAAUUCACUAUAUUCACCCUUUUCUCUUUUCCUAGCUCAUUUUUUUCUAAAACACAGCGCUAUGGCAUACGAAGAACGCAUCUUUAUUACAGGCGCAACUGGAAAUAUCGGCAAGCCCCUUGUCUGCAAGUUGUUGUCGAGCCCCAAAGCAUCUGUGACGCUAUAUGUGCGAACCCCGGUCAAGGCCCAAGAACUUUUUACUGCUACUGACUAUUCAAGCGAGAAGCUACGAAUCGUCCAAGGCGACUUGGAGGACCUGAAACUAUUUCAAGAUUCUAUUACUGGCCAUACUCGUCUCUUUCUGCUCGUCUUAGGUCACCAAGUGGGUGAUGAAAGUGCGCGUAUCUUAUCCGAAAAGGCAUACGCUGCUGGUGUGAAGCAAGUUGUUCUGAUCUCCGGCAUCAACUCAUCCAUGCCGUGGCGAAGUUCAAUUCUUACGGAAACUGGCGUUUACCGCGAACAGUCUAUACUUUCCAUCUCGAACCGUGGAACGGUUGUCACAUUGCGUCCUGCAUAUUUUAUGUCUAACCAAUUGUCCAUGGAUGCAUCUACUGUCAAGAACGCCAACAAGGUUAUCGAUUCCCGCGAGCCUACCGUAAUAAAACCAUGGAUUUCCCCACGGGAUAUCGGCGAGCUUGCUGCUAACGUCAUGCUGGAGCCUGUCGAGAAACACGGUGAUGCAGUGUACGAAAUGAUCGGUGAAUCGGUAACACCACAAGAACAUGUCGAAAUCCUGACUCGAGUGCUUGGCAGAAAGAUCGUUUAUGAAAAGGCCUCUGACGAGGAGUUUUACAAGUUGCUGACCACGAAGGCCGGUAUGUCACAUAUAAUGGCGUGGGUAUUCUUGCAGCUAUCACAAUCGUGCAACCAAAAGGCCACACCCGGCUUGUCGAUUCUGCUUGGUCGUGCCCCGGAAACCUUGGAGCAAUGGGUAGAGCAAAAUAAAGCUGCAUUUUUGUAAAAUAGUACUUUGAUAAUUUUGAUAAUCUAGCCCAUAGUAAGAUUUGAUGACUUGUCGCAGGCAAUGUGGCGAGGGGGAGGGUCGUUGGCAUGGUUACAUUUCCAUAAUAUGCACAAACACUAUAUCAGCAGCAGCAGCAGCAUGAACA